UCAAUGUAUCAUGAACGUCAACACCAAAAAACACAAGAAGAAGAUUACAGGACCUACAUUACAUUACAUUACAUCACCUCUAGUUUGACAAUGUGAUUCUGAGACUUUUCAGAUGCUGGGAACCUUCUAACAUCCUUCACGACAGUUCACUAACUACACAAUUUGACCAAAGGAGGAAGGAAUGCCGCCUUUAGCCGGAGCUGAAUUGAUCCAGACACCAGUGCAGCUCUACCGACAUCUCCUCAGAUGCUGCAGGCAGUUACCAACCACAGCAAUGCAGCAGCAUUAUCGACACGCCAUAAGACAGGGUUACAACAGUCACUCAGAUGAAGACGACCCUGAGAGGAUACAAAUGAUAAUCCAAAGAGCUAUUGCAGAUGCAGACUGGAUUCUUGGUAAAUAUACCAAGAAGAAGUGAAGUUCCUGAACCAUGUCCUCGGGAGUCGCAUUUUGCAGUGCAGCACCUGUCAUGAGUAUCAGUGGUAACUGUACUGUUUCUGUGUGAUUUGUUCCCAUUGUUGGUGUGGAUGUGAACCCUGUGAGUGAGUGGGCACGAUGAAGCAACAUCUGAUAAGAGACCUCGUGAGUCAUGGACAAGUGUAAAUACUGUUUUUCAAUAAAUUAUUUAAUUAAUUACA